AGCCAUCCGCCUUGUAGCCUCGUCUACCAAGUCUGCUCGGGCACAUGUCCAUUUACAAUGUCACGUCAAGCCAGGCGCGAGCAAGCAGCGCGAAGGAAUAACUUCAGUCUCUGAUACGGUGAUCGAAGUCUGUGUGUCUGCACGAGCCCGUGAGGGCGAGGCUAACAAGGCUGUGAGGGAAGUAUUCAGCAGUGUUCUGAAUUGUCCGAAGUCUGAUAUCGAGGUCAUUCGGGGCCUGAAGUCACGAGACAAGACGAUAGCUAUCUCUGGGAUUGAUAUAAGAGAGGAUGAACAAAGCUGCAUCUCAAAGAUCAGAGCCCAAUUACAGACUGCGAUUGAUUGACAAGAGUGCUUGGAUCUAAGAUGCCUUAACUGGAUGCUAGGUAGCGAGAGGCUUCCACCAAACGUACCAUAAUUGCUACACCCCUCAGGAUUCGAAGGGAGACAGACAUAUUGGGGUUUAUGGAAUGGAGUGUUUAGCCAUUGGACAACCUACACGAUUCAGUUUCUUGCUGAUAUGAUGUAAACGGCUCAGGCGAAGGGGUGUAUUCCAUUCAUUCCGCCAUUCAUUCCGGUUCUAUUUCUGUUACUUAUUUCUUUCUCUUAAUCGGAUUCUGGUCGGUCAUUCAAUCCGUCUCUGGUCAUGUCCGACCCGUUUGCCACCACUACACGAGAUUUCGACGACUACUACUGUGUAGUAUGUCCCGAGGCGUCUUCUGUAUGCAGCAAUUGGUGAUGGAUCGCCU